AUGAGUGAGGAUCUCGUUGACGGACGGGCGGAGGCCAAGUAUGCGCCGCAUUUCGGAGCAAGCCACGAGGUUGGCAUUGUUAAGACUCCCUCUGAGGCAUUUUAUGGGUAGGCUAAAGGUGUCCCUGUUGCCGUUCGUUUUGCCUUUCUGAAGGGGGAAAGGCAUCGCGAGCGGGGUGAACGAACUCGAACACCAAGCGCCUACCUCUAAGCAUCCUCGCCACCAUCCUGCUUGCCCCGCUUUAUUCUACUAGAAAAUGAAGCCAAGGAUCAUGGCGUCAGGGAUGCAAACGUGGCAGCUCUAACGCUGUCUCUGUUCCUGCGAUGACAGGCGCAGAGCUGUUGGAGAAGUAUUUGUGGCGUGAGGAACUAGCUCGCAUAGCCACGUUGGAGACCAGACUGCGACAAGAGGCUGCUCGACAAGCGAAGACCAACAAUAGUAAUUCAAAUACGGGAAGUAGUAUUAAUAUCGAGGCGACGCUUCAAGUCGUGAACUCUUGGCGCGCAGCCGUGCAUCGCCGCAAAUUUGACGUGGUGAUCGAUGCACAGGGCGCUGGCUACGAGGUUUUGAUUAAGGCCAAUCGAAAACUGGAGAUAAGCGAGCUGCUGACUGAAGUACGGGACGUAGCUUUUCAAGGCUACUCUUUGUGCUUCAGUAUCUUCGGCUGUUCUUGUCUGUUACUUGCUUGUUUCACUUUAUCGAAGUUUCUCUUCAGUUCUCACUAUCUUCCCAAACUGUGAUUGCGGAGUAAGUGGAAUCAACAGUAACGACCGUUCUAAGGUGAGGAGUUUUGAUGGCAGAGCGACCUUUGAUCGCAUUGAGACGCUGAGGGUCGAAGUGGAGUCAGAGCCGGUCUACGACGGUCAGAGUCUUCUUAAGGGCAUUCAUCUUGUUGUGCAUCCUUGAAGCUGAAAAGUAUCAUGCAAGGUAGAGUAUGGUGCUAUCUUUGAAAGGAAGGAUGGCCGAGCAAUAUGCUCGUCUCUCGUACUAUGUAUACUCUUCAACGAGGACACAGCAGGAAGAUGAAUUGCGGAUAGCUCUAAUCCUUUCUGGGAUGUGGACGACUUACUGGUGCAAGAAAUGGGAAUGCACUUGCGACACAGCGACCUUGUCCUUGGCGGCGAAGAUGCGGCUGGAGGUGAUUUGGCGAAGACAAUCAUGUUGGAGCAGAGCGACUACGAACCUUUUAAGGCUUAAUAGCGUCAUCAUCACAUUGAUCAUUCAUUUCCAAAGAAUAUAUAAGAAUGGCCAUUUUCUUCCGUUUCCUUUCUUGGAUUCUGAAGAGAUCGGAAUAAACUGGAGAAGGGAUGAAGCAUUUUCAUCUUGCGCUGCUCUAAAAAUCUCUCAUCAUCAACAACAUCUGUCGGCUUGUUGCGGGACCCGGAUACCGGUGAGGCUCGAGCUGACCUGUGCUGCAGUGGAGAUGUGCUUUACACGCACUGA